AUGGCGGCAUCAUCAUCGCCGUCCGUUGGAAACGCACCUAAAUGGGCUCAGAAGACUGUUACCAUACCCGGAAAGAGACGAGGCUGCCAUGAUGUCACCUCUCAGAUUCUGAAGGAGAUUGCGCCAGACCUGUCGGGCUUUAAGUGUGGCCUUGCCCAUUUCUUCUUGCAGCAUACAAGUGCUUCCCUGACUAUAAAUGAAAACUAUGAUCCUGAUGUCAGACAUGACACAGAGACAUUUUUAAACCGAAUAGUUCCGGAGGGAAGUUCUGCACCAUGGAGACAUACUCUGGAAGGUAAGUUGUUGAUUCAUCCCCUCCUGAUUUGA